AGCGAGCUUGAAAUUCAAAUGGGGGUUAUUAAUAAAUUAAGGCUAUCUAAAUUGGUUGAUGGCACCAGUGUACCAAGAAUCCGAGAUUGGCUUCCAGAUUUGGUUUCUGCAUGGGAAUGUAAAGAGAUUCAAAAUGGAGU